GGCGGUUCAAGGGGCCGCCGGCGCCGCGGGCAAGAGGCGGGCGCGAGGUGCUGGGGCAGGACAAAGUGACGCGUGUCCUUCGCUGUCAUCCAAGGAGGAGCCCGCGGCCGCUGUCCCCCUCGGGCGCCCACGACGCGCCGGUCCGCAGAGAUGUCGGCCGCCGGCGCCCGGGGCCUUCGGGCCACCUACCACCGGGCCCUGGACAAGGUGGAGCUGCUGCUGCCGGAGAAACUGAGGCCGCUGUACAACCACCCGGCAGGUCCCAGAACAGUUUUUUUCUGGGCUCCAAUUAUGAAAUGGGGCUUGGUGUGUGCUGGCUUGGCUGACAUGGCCAGACCUGCUGAGAAACUGAGCACAGCUCAAUCUGCUGUUUUAAUGGCCACAGGAUUUAUUUGGUCAAGAUACUCACUUGUAAUUAUCCCAAAAAACUGGAGUCUGUUUGCUGUUAAUUUCUUUGUGGGGGCAGCAGGUGCUUCUCAGCUCUUCCGUAUUUGGAGAUAUAACCAAGAACUAAAAGCUAAAGCAAACAAGUAAGAGUUCCUGACCACCUGAACAAUCUAGACGUGGAUAGAACCACUGGGACUAAUUUGACUUAUUAUUUAGCUAUGGAUGAGGUGAUAUUAACUGUGCUACUGUUUGGAAGGAAUAAAAAAAUCAAAUUGUAAACUGGGGACUAAUACUUGAUUCAACAGAAAAAUAAAGCAAACUUUUAAUAACAGUGUUUCUUUAUGACUUAAGGAACUUAUCUAUGGAUAUGAGUAAAUUUUUUCCUACCAUUUACCCAUAAUAAAUCAUACUUGCUCCUACA